AUGGCACGGUCUAAGGAUGAAAAACAUACAUGUAGAACUGUAUAUUUACAUGCAUUAAUAAAAAUAAUGGGUAUACUAAUUACUGCAUGUGGAUCAUGGAUAUUGAAUGAGAGAACUAAAUUAGCUAGAGAAAUAUCAGAAUUUAUGUUAAAUCCAGCUGUAAUAAUCUCUGUAUUUGGUAUUAUUCUGGUGUUUAUUACUUUAUUUGGCUGUAUUGGUACUAUCCGUGAAAAUAUACUUCUAAUCAAAACUCUUCAUUACAGUUUAACAGUUGUAUUGUUUAUUGAGUUAAUAUUAUCAGUUAUUGUGGUGGUAUUUUAUCAAACACCUAAAUUAAGGCACUACCUACAUUCUGCACCAGAGGAAGUUUUUAAGAAUGCUAUCAAACUCUAUCAUGACGAUGAACAUCUUGAGGAAUGGUUAGAUUUAAUACAGAUGGAGGGAGAUUUUAUUAAUAGAAUGUGUGUAUUCGUGUUCUGGAUAAACCGUGUUAAAUUAAGCAAACUCUUUGAUUAA